AUGGAGGGGUCUAAUGACAAGCUUUUCUGCAGCAGGUGGUUGCACCGCAGGGUUCCUGCAACCCACCGGGAGGAGCUGCUCCACAUACUGAGGAUGACUGGGCCACUGCUGCUCUCUCGAAUCCUCAAUUACCUGCUUCCAUUUGUGGUUACAAUGUUCUGCGGGCGUCUGGGGAAUGAAGUGAUGGCCGGCUAUGGAUUAGCUUGUGCUACCAUAAAUGUCACCACCACAGCCACAGGAUACGGGCUGAUACUGGCAUGUGAUACGCUGGUGUCUCAGACAUUCGGUGGUAAGAACCUGCUGCGGGUGGGAGUGAUCCUUCAGCGGGGCGUCAUCAUCCUGCUGCUCUUCUGCCUGCCCUGCUGGGGUCUCCUCAUUAACGCCCAGGUCAUCCUGCUAUGUGUGGGCCAGAACCCCGAGGUGGCCAGAAUAGCACAGUUGUAUAUCACAGCCUACAUUCCUGCCGUACCAGCAAUGUUUCUGCAUCAUCUUCAGGUGUCGUACCUGCAGAACCAGGGAAUAAUAUUGCCACAAAUGUACGCUGCUGCGAUGGCAAAUGUAGCAAACGUGGUGACAAACUACACUUUUCUUUACUGGCUGGAUCUGGGUGUGAGUGGAUCUGCAGCAGCCAACGCUCUGGCUCAGAUCUACAUCUCGACUUUUCUGUUCGCCUUCAUUUGGUGGAAGAAGCUCCAUGUGAUGACAUGGCGAGGCUGGUCUGUGGAAUCGCUGCAGGAGUGGGGCUCCUUCAUGAAGCUGGCCAUUCCCAGCACAUUGAUGAAGUGCUUCGAGUGGUGGGUUUAUGAGUUGGGGGGAUUCUUCGCAGGCAUGCUGAGUGAGGACGAGCUGGCAGCCCAACAUGCUGUGAUAAUGGUGGCUUUCAUAACCUACAUGUUCCCUCUUGGUAUUCAAGCUGCAGCAUGUGCCCGGGUGGGGAACGCUCUUGGUGCAGGAGACAGCGCCAGGGCCGUCCUCACUGCCAAGGUGGCCCUCACUCUGGCAGGUAGCAUUGCGGUCGUUGAAGGUGCUGUCCUCAGCUCUACUAAAACAGUGAUUGGCUUCAUCUUCACCUCUGAUGAGAAGAUCAUAGGUCUGGUGUCGCACUUGAUGAACGCUUACUGCUUCCUUCAGUUCUUUGAUGCUCUUGUGGGCGUGUGCACUGGAAUCUUCUUGGGCACGGGCAAACAGAAGAUACCAGCUGUGGCCAAUUUCAUCGGAUACUACUGCAUAGGGCUUUCACUGAGCAUCACUUUAAUGUUUGUCGCAAAACUAAGAGUUUUAGGUUUCUGGCUGGGAUUACUCGUUUGCGUCAUUUUACAAUCCACCUUAUACAUCAUUGUCAUCUUCAACCUGAACUGGGAGAGAAUGACAGAGGAGGCUGUGAAACGAGCUCAGAAAAACACUCCCUUAUUAAGCACUGCAGACGACGUGGGCAACAUCGCUGCUGACCAGACAGCAAGCAAUGGGAGCUCGGUGGAUGGCUACAUGUCUGUGAGCACCGAGUGCCCCGAUGGCAGCGCUGAGCCUCGGGGCGGGGUGCAGCAGCUGAAGGGCGGUGGUCUCUCCACCACCCAGCUGAUCCUCCGCCGAGGCCUCACCAUGUUUGCAGCGGUUUCACUCCUCGCCGUGGGAGCUACUGUGCACUUCCUGGUGCCCUUACCGGAAAUUGCAUCUGCAAACUUUACUACAGACCGGAUCAACGCUACGAACACCCCUGAUUCCAUUUUCUCCACCGUGCUGCUGCCCACAGAAGAGUCAGAGUGA